UGCUUUUAAUUUUUGCUGCAACUACGAACUACCUUAUCGAAUUUAAAUCACACUCACCAAAAAUGAGAUGGGAACUCCCUGCCCUUCCAACAUACUUUUCAUUUGAUGAUUUCGACAUUGCUUUUAAUGUCGAAGAGGAAACUGGGAUGAGCAGGGCUCAUCUCACGGAGACUCCGUCUUCCCCCCAGCUCGAAAAUAUUGAUAUCGCCGGAAUUAACAAUGACAACGGGGGUAAUGUUUCUCAAGGGGGAGGGAUAGCUCAACCUCAACCACGUCAACCAGUCCCUGAACCUAUCGCCCCUCGUCGUGGUCGUGGUCGUCUACUACCAAGACAAUCCACAGACCAGCCAAACAAGAAAUUUCAAGAAUACAUGAAAACAUUGAGUGAGCGAAUUGUUAAGGAGCGCCAACAGAAGGAAACCCAGGAACAAAAAGAGCUUUUAAGUCUUUUAGCAGCUGCAAAAGCUCGAUAUUUUAAAUUGAAAAGGGAACAUGAACUACUUGUACAAAAAGCAGAUUCUCUUGGUUUUGGACCUAUUGCUCGACAACUUGGGAUUGACAAAUUAUCAAAAGAAGGGGAACGUGUGCUCCAAGAAUAUAUUAAAAAAUAACUUAUUCUUGGUUUUAUUUUGUGUCAUUUUAUGAAAUGAUUUUUAAAUGUUCUUGUCAUAAUUUGGUGCAAUUGAUGGUAAUGAUUUGAUUAUAAUUUUAUCUUUUUAUCAAAUGCCAUCAUUAAAUGUAUGCAACUUACCCGAAAUAAACUGGGGAUCAUUUCCAGAGCUGGGCAGAAUU